CCCAUUCUGGGAUAAAUGAUCAAACUGUUACAAACCUCCUCUAACAGAGGCAAUGCAAUAGGAGUUUACAGGAAAGUGGGAGUAACAACCAUCAGUCACUCCCACCAUCAUGUGUUGGAGAAAAGCGAGGUGAAAGUAUAAAAAAGGGGGUUUGUGGAGUGUGAACGAUAGAUGUGGAUAGGUGUUGGAGAAAAAUAGGAAUAAAUGAAGAAGCAUCUGCUGGUGGAAGGAGCUCCGCCCCACAGCUUCAAGAGGAAAUGAUCACAGCUGUACUGAGAUGAUGUCGGCAACAACUCUCCUCCUGCUGCUUUUGCCUCAGCUGGUUUUCCCCACAACUGACGGUAUCAUUGGUCAUUUAAACCAGUCAGAAACAGUCAGAGAAGAGCUCUCUGAUUCAUCUGCCAAAAGCCAAAAAGCUUUCAGGCAGGACAGAGGUCACGAUGCUUGCUCCAUCCCAUGUGACAUCACCAUCAAACUCCUGCGGGAUGAGAAACACUCAGUCUGCGGUCAGCUGCAACAGUCCCUGCUGGCCUUUGGACGCAGCACCCGAAAGCUGAUGAGGGACGUGAUGGAGGAGCAGCAGAGAGCUCUGGAUGUGCUGAGCAGUCAGGUCACAGAACUGAUGAGCAAAGUGCAGACGCUGAGCUCCGAGGUCCAGAGAAGCAACAUUGAGAUGUACUCGAUAAAACCUGUGUUAUCCCACGGACGAGACUGCAGUGACAUCAAGGACAGUUUGUUGUCAGUCGUCCCAAAGAUCCCCAGUGGCAUUUAUAUAAUCCACCCAGAAGAAACAGAUUCUUCUUUCGAGGUGUUCUGUGAGAUGGACUACAUGGAAGGUGGCUGGACAGUGAUUCAGAGAAGAACCGAUGGAUUAAGUGACUUCAAACGAUCCUGGACUGAUUACCUUGAUGGCUUUGGGAACCUUGCAGGAGAACACUGGUUAGGUCUAAAGAAGGUUUUUCACAUCGUCAACCAGAAAGAGGCUCGCUUCCAACUGCACAUUGCUCUGGUCUCCAACAACGAUGUCACGUCUUAUGCAUCCUAUGAUGACUUCCGCCUUGAUAAUGAAACAGAGUUCUUCAGAAUCCACCUGGGCCGAUAUGCAGGCAGUGCUGGUGAUGCUUUCCGUGGCUACGAGCAGGAGCAGAACCAGGACACGGCUCCAUUUAGUGCUUCCGAUGUUGAUAACGAUGGGUGCAACCCAUCAUGCACCUUCUCCAACAAGACUGUGGAGAGCUGCAGCAUUCUGCACAAUCACACAGGAUGGUGGUUCAACCGGUGUGGGCUGGCGAACCUCAACGGUUCCCCUGGAGAGGGGCUCCAGAACCAAGGGAAGAGGACUCAAAUCCUAUGGGACACCUGGAGGCAGAGUGGUGUCCCACACACCAUCAAAUCUGUUACAAUGAAGAUCAGAAGGCUUGCAACCAACAACUGACACCGAAAUGACUCAUCAAAAUGCCCAACAAUUUGAAUUCAACAGUAAAUAUUCACUAGCAGAAAUAUUUGACAACUUAUGCAUCAAUGUAGAGAAUACUUUCCAGGAACUAUUCCAGAACUUUACAGGUGAUUCAUAGAAGUAAAAAUACACUUCCAGAAACUUUCAUGAAAUUUGGCAGUUACUUUUGGUAAAGUUUCCAUCAAAGUUCUUUUAAAAGCUCUAAGGCAGGGCUGUCCAAAGUCGGCCCAUGAGGGCUACUGUCCUGCAGGUCUUGGAGGUUUCCUGCUUCAGCAGAGCUGAUUCUGAUGAUUGCAGUUCAGCAAAAACCUGUUAAUCAGCUUUUAAUGUAAAUCACCUGAGCUGUAGCAGGGAAACCUCUACAUAUAUGCUAUGUUCAACACUAUUUUAUAAGAGAUUCAAAUUGAGUUUACUGGUUUGCUCCAUUAACCAACAAUUCAUGGUAUGUUCUGAAAAAGUGUCUUGAGAGUCCCUUCAAAAUAUAGGAUAAAUUCUGGAAAGUAAGUUGCAGAAAGAUUUACGAAUGAUUAAAGAGCACUAGACUUAUAUUUUAGUUCUGUGGAAUAUAAAUCCACCACAAAUGU